AUGCAGCUCACAGCAACCUUGGGACUCGCGGUCCCCUUGCUAGCGCAGCUAGUGUCGGCGCAGGCGUCCGGGUCGGGACAGACGACACGAUACUGGGACUGCUGCAAACCGAGCUGCGCAUGGUCGCAGAAGACCGACAGCGGAAAAAUGAUCGGUACCUGUAGCAAGGCAGACCAGCCGCUCGGCGACAACGGAGCGACCAAGAGCGCAUGCGACAGCGGCGGUUCGGCAUACAUGUGCAGCAACCAGAGCCCGUGGGCCGUCGACGAUACUCUCAGUUACGGAUGGGCUGCCGUGAGAAUCCAGGGACAGACUGAGACCACUUGGUGCUGCGCUUGCUACGAAUUGACCUUUACCAGCGGUCCGGUUAGCGGCAAGAAGAUGAUCGUCCAGGCUAGCAACACGGGAGGGGACUUGGGCGAGAAUCACUUCGAUCUUGCGAUCCCCGGCGGUGGUGUCGGAAUUUUCAACGCCUGCACAGACCAGUACGGCGCUCCGGCCAACGGGUGGGGCGAGCGGUACGGCGGUGUGAGCUCGCGCGAGGCCUGCGACGGGUUCCCCGAGGCGUUGAAGGCUGGUUGCUACUGGCGCUUCGACUGGUUCGGCGGCGCGGAUAACCCAGCCGUUAGCUUCAAGCAGGUUACGUGCCCUUCGGCCCUCACUGAGAAGAGCGGCUGCUCCCGCAACAGCUAG